GAACGUAUCUCAUAAUAGCAUGUGUUCUGAUGUAAUAUAUUUUAAAGAAUAAUUAUUCAUUCAAUAUUUCUAUAAUUUUACAAUUUUUUAAAAUUGAUUCACCAAUAUGACUGUAAUAAAUAGAGUAGUAAAACCAACUACCCAUAGAGGUAAACGAGCUAUUUUGAAAAAAGAACCGAAAUUAAUAGAAAAUGUUAAACAAAUUUUGUGUUUUAAAAGCAAAAAAACUUCACAAAUAGUAGUAGAUUUUAUGAAAGAUUUGUAUAAUUUAAAAAAACCAGAUGCAGAGAUGAUGCAAAAAAAGAAUGAUAUAUUGCCAUUUGAAGAUAUAACACCUGUUGAAAAGUUUUGUAUAAAAUAUAAUGCAUCACUUUUCAUGAUUGCUUUACAUAAUAAAAAACGUCCUCAUAACUUAAUAAUAGGAAGAAUGUAUGAACAUACAUUAUUAGAUAUGGCAGAAUUUGGUAUAGAGAAUUAUAAAGGCUUGAAAGAUUUUAAAAUUUCAAAAAUAUCACAAGGAAUUAAACCUUUAUUAGUUUUCAAUGGAGAACUUUUUGAAAAUAAUCAUGAAUAUAAUAAAAUUAAAAAUUUAUUUGUAGAUAUGUUUCAAAGAGAACCAGUAGAAAAGAUUAGACUACAAGGUCUUGAACAUGUUUUAAGUUUUACUAUUGUUGAGAAUAAAAUAUUUUUACGCAGUUAUAGAAUACUUUUGAAAAAAUCCAAUUCUAGAAUACCAAAAAUUGAAUUAGAAGAAAUUGGUCCAAGAGUAAAUUUAAUUUGUAGGCGUAUAAAGCUUGCUUCUGAAGAUUUAUUUAAAGAAGCUUGUAAAAAACCAAAAGAACUUAAGAUUAAGAAGAACAAGAAUAUAUCCACAGAUAAUUUUGGAACAACCUUUGGUCGUAUACAUGUUGGAAUACAAAAUAUUAAUAGCAUACAGACAAGAAAGAUGAAAGGGUUAAAAAAAACAAUAGCAGAAAAGAAAAAUGGAAUGAAAAGGAAAAAUCUGGAAAACAAUCAUAUUAAGUCAAAAAAAUCAAAAAUAAAUUUAAGUAAUUAAUAGCAAUUAAUAUUA